ACUUUAUUAUUAUUUUAUUUUGCAAAAGCGAGUUUGGUCAACGACGACGACAACGCCUGGACAAACACACUUAUUUUCCAGCAUACGUAGCUCAGCUCGUCCUUUCCUUGCAUCUGGCCUAGUAUCACCACACGCGAAGUACAUAAAGGUAGAACGAAUGACAGCACCCAGCGACAAAACGCGCGGGAUAAAAGCUAACAACGAGCUUGGUGGCUCGCGUGCAGGCAAGUCCAACAGAUGGAGCUCCGGCCCGCCUCAGAUGAACCGUGCAUCAAAGAGUCCGCAGGAAAGCUCCAGCGCCACCUCCGGCACAGCAAAAAACUCCCAGGCAACAGGCAGCGCGAUUUCAAUGUCGGCAUCAGCUUUGGCAUUGGGUCCAGCCAACCGCAGCUUUAGUGCAAUCACGGGUGGCAACAGUAACGGCAAGGGAAAUGCUGCCACUGGCAUCAAUGGCGGCAGCGGUGCCGGAACUCUCAGGGGUCGGGCGCAGAUACAGGAGGCACCAGCUGGCUCUGCUCUGGCAGAAUCGUGCGGAUUGAUAGAGGGUGAGGAGCCCGGCCAGGUUGAGGCUAUGCACCAGCGGUUGCUGUUUAUCAUGUCAUUUUUGGUUGGAAGCCAGGUCAAAGUCGAAACGCGCGGCGGGCAGUCGUACGUCGGGGUCCUCGACUCAAUCAAUCCGAAUGACGCGCAGAGCGUGGUCUUAAGGUAUGCAUAUGUUCAGGACAGCAGCAGGGCGACCCCGCCUGUCGAUACGCUGGUAGUAACCGGCAGCGACUGCCUGUCUAUCAGCGGCGCGGCUGCUUUUGCAGAGCACAGUGUCAAGGAAAGCUCGCGCACGGGCUUUAAGACUGAUGCAGACAUCAGCCGUAUGGACAGCCAGAUUGCUGCGCGCGAGCUUCACCGCUGGGUGCCCGACGAGAGCGUCGAGCUGGGCGGGCUCGAAAGCGGACUGGAUCACCCGGCGGCAGGCAGCCAGAGUUGGGAUCAGUUUGCGACGAACGAGCAGCUGUUUGGGCUCACGACGGACUUUGACGAGGAGAUCUACACGACAAAACUUGACCGCACGCGCGCCGACUACAAGGAGCGUGAGCGCGAGGCCAUCCGCAUUGCGCAGGAGAUCCAGAGCACGCCAUUUGCAAACUCGCACGUGGCUGAGGAGCGGCAGGAGGUGGCGGGUGAUGAAAGCGGCGUGAUGGACGAGGAGGACAGGUACGGCGCAGUGCUCCGGCCAUCGGGGGCGCCCGGAAAGUACGUGCCACCCUACUUGCGUGGCAAGGCCGACACGGCGCCCGCAGCCAAGCAGCCUGCGUUAAGCAAGGCCGAGAGCACCGAGAACACCGAGGCGCCCCAGUCUCAGUCUCAGUCUCAGUCCCAGUCUCAGCGUUCGUCUACGUCGCCGGCUGCCAGUGCAGCACAGGCCAACGCGUCCGCGGUGCCAAACAAUGCGGUGGCAGCGGCAGCGCUGGCCAAGCUCAACAUCGUCAUGACUGGCCACUCUUCUUUGCAAAAGCCGAGCGAUGCAGCAGCGACAGCCACAACCACAACUACAAUCACAGCCACAGUCAUAGCGCCUGGCACGCCGGCAUCAGCGAGCAGCAAUGCCGCGUCGCCCAGCUUGGCUGGCGACCCAGCAAUCACCGCUCUGUCCAAGCCAUCUAAUAUUGGCUCAGGCGGCAAACUGGCCAAUCUCCGCGGGCUGAAGCACCGCACGGACGCCGCGGCGCUCAACAAGCCAAUGGCCGACAUCACAGAAAAACUCAAUUCGGAGCGCGAGCGCAUACAGCAGCACAAAAUGGCGCUGCGGCAGACACGCAUGUCGGAAUUGAAGGAGUUCCAAAAGUCUUUCAAGCUGCACACGCCUAUGCCCGAGGACCUGGCUGAGAUUAUUGGCGUCAAGAAGAAGCAGUCGCUGCAGCGGUCCGAUUCUGAGAGCUCGACAUCAUCCGGCAACACAGCGCCGAGUAGUGAGGGAAGGCGCAAGGGGGGCACGCCAGAGUCGAAUUUGAAAUUGAAUUCGGCACGGAUGUCGGAACCAGCACUAGCACCGGCAGCACCAGCAGCAGCGCAACCACAGGCGCCAGAAUCUGUUACGGCGGCAAAAUUGGCCUCUCCAGCAGCAAAGGCGGUUUCACUAUUGGCAGCAGCACCUACAACAGCUACAGCAAUGCCCGUACCAGCGCCAGCGCCAAGUAGCCCCCCGAAGAAACCUGACACGCUGCCCAGUGAAAAGCCUAAGCUGACAUUAACACCGAUGCCCGCGCCCGCGCCCAAACAGCUACAGCCGCAGUCGCAGCAGCCCGAUGCCGAGGGCAGCGACAAGAAGGCAACAGCAUCAUUCAAGUUCAAUGCAAAGGCAUCCUCGUUCAAGCCCAGCGCAGCCGCCCCUCCUUUUGUGCCGAAGCUUGGUGGCGGGAGUGUCGCAUCGCCCGCGGCUGGGACUAGCGAGUUCAAUCCGUUCUUUGGUCGGCGAGUUCUUAAAAGGGCGGCAGCUGCGCUGUGGGGCGGGGUGUUCCGCCCCUCUGACGCCAGCGACGACAGAGACAGAGACACCGGGCCGACGUGGCCGUUUGGGCAGCGCACGUACCGCAGCCAGUUUGUCGGCGACGAGCCCGAGGCGAUGAUGUACCAGCAGGCGUACAUGCACCAGUACGGCUUUGGCUACUACAGCCCGUACCAGUACCCACCACAUAUGCCGAUGAUGCCACCCGGCGCCGCGCCACGCAUGCAGCCGGGCUUCAGCGCUGGUCCAUACGCACCAUCCGCCAUGGUCGGUGACGGGCGCUCGCCCGUGAUGGGUCCGCUCCCUCACGUACAGGGUAGCGGCUCGGGAAGCGGCUCAGCGCUUGUGGCCACGACACCCGAGAUGGGCCCGGCCAUGCUGCCGCACCAGCACCAGCAUCAGCACCAGCCCCAGCAUAUGCGGCCGGGCUCUGGCGCCGGCGCCGAUAGCCCCGGCAUGAUGUACGCCCAGCUGCCGGGCCCGCCGGUGCAUAUGGGCAUGGUGCCGCCUAUGGGCUUUGGCGCGUACAUAGGCCCUCCGCAGGGCUACGCGCCGCAGCAGAUGCCGGUGCCCUUGCCAAUGGGUUAUCCGCAGUAUACGUCCUCGCAGGCCUACGCUGCGUCGCCGCCCGGUAUUGUCAUGAUGCAUGGUGCUCCACACCCGCAGCAGCACCCACACCAGCAGCAGCAGCAGCACCAGCUCCAACAUCAGCAUCAGCAUCAGUUCCAGCACCAGCACCAACAUCAGCAUCAGCAUCAGCACCCCGACCAGCCUGGCCCUGGUUCUGCCCCUGGCAACCACCACGCCGGGGGCUACUAGCCAGCUGGGGUUCGGCGCUCGGUUCCUGGCUGUGUGUUGUGGCUGCUGUUGCACAACGGUCAACACAAAAAAUUAAAUAAUCUUUUAAAAAAUACAAGAAUUUUUGCAGUAAAUGAGUGUGUUCACCUUAA